AAGGUCCCGGGCGUCUGGGACAUGGCUUCCAGCAUCUCUGGAUGGGAGACAUCGCGAAGCGAGCGAAGCGAGCGAAGCCGCAGUCCCAGAGGUAGUCAGUGUCCACCGGUUGGGGGCAUGCUCGGCUGCAAUGCUGGCUGUGGCUGGAACCCCUGCGGCACGGGCUGUGGCUGCAAUGAUUGCAAUGCUGGCUGUGGCUCCAUGAUGAAUCCCAUGAUGAUGCAGCAGAUGCAGAUGAUGCAAAUGCAGCAGAUGCAGCAGAUGGUAGGAGUGGGCAUGAUGAUGGGCAACAUGUUCAACAUGAUGAACGCCACUCCCAGUUUCGAGACCAUCGGCGCGGCGCCACAGCCCGCACAGCCCGAGCCCGCACAGCUCGUAGUGGAGGAGAUUCAUGUACCUCCAGGCCCGUCAUCGACGCUGGGGCAUCCAAACUAUCGUCCGCCGGACUCAGAACAGAUUCCUGGCAUCACUGACACACGCUUUGAAGGGAAGAUCAAAGUCUGGUGGGACUCCAAAGGCCAUGGCCUCAUCGAAUGUGAAGAGGUCCAAUUGAAGUUCCCUGGACAAGACGGGAUCUUCUUGCACGACUCGCAACGGAGGCACUUCCAAAAAGGCGACGAGGUCUCCUUCUCAGUGUUUGUGAAUUUCCGAGGAAGACCGCAAGCAACAGAGCUUAGAAGACCUGAAGUUUCGGACGCAAAGAAAAGCUAACGGUGCUGUGCGAAAA